AGUCGGAGCGACGGAGGAGACGGACGAGUCAUGGCCGAGUCUGAACACACUCUGAUCUGAGACAUGAAGGAGAGGGAGCGCUGACUCCUCUCUGCUCCUGCUGGAUUAUUCUGUCUGUUCUCCUCUCCAGAGGGAGGAGGAGGAGAGGGAAGAGGAGGGGAGCUCACCAUGGCUGAACCCCUGCUGAAGAGGACCUUCUCUAGGCUGAGGGGAAAAGACAGAUCCCGCAGGAAGACUGACCCCAAACUGAGCGAUGUUCCAGUCAAGUCUGUUCUCCAGACGUCUUCAUCACCAUUGUCGCCGUCGACGAUGACAACAGUAGGGACACCAGUGGACCCUGACCCCCCGUCACCCCCACGUAACCACAUCACAGUCGCUAAGAAACAACAGUGGGCAAGGCAGGGCUCUGUAGCUCCGCCCACAUCUCUGCCCUCAAGACCGGCCCCCAGGCCCUCUGGUCAGGACUUACCAGGAAUAUCCCAAGAUGCAUCUGAGCAGGCCUGGAGCCUGAGGCUGGCACAGGAUAAGACAGAGCAGUGCAGUGACAGGACGUGCACCAGUCCCGCCUGGGACAUUAGCAGCACCUCCUGUGCUCCUGUCAGUUCCACAACAGUACAGCAGGAAGUCUUCCAACCAGCAGGGGGCUCCACUGAGGUCCCCACCACCUCCAUCAGCACCAAGCUGUCUGGCCAGCGUGCCUACCUGCAGAGCCUAGAUCGCAGCAGCCGAGCCUGGGUGCUGUCUUCAGGAAAGUCCCAGGCUUCAGAUGAAGUCUGUGGUCCACAGGAGGACAGUGGCAGUAACAUCUGGUACAACCCAAUCCCUGAGGAGGAGGAUGCAGGGGAUCCACGCAGGGAGGAGCAGAUAUGGAGGAGAAGGGAUGAGAGGGAGGAGGGAGGUGCAACAAAGAGGGUGAGGCCAGGAGAUACCAGAGGAGAACUUGGAGGAGUAUGGGUUGGGUCAGCAGACAUUUGUAGCAGUGACUGUCCACUGGAGACCAAUCCAAGUGUCAGCCGCCACACUGAUGAUAUCACAGCAGAAAGCACAGAGUCCCCUCCCCCAGACUCCAGCCCCACCUCCCAAAAGAAAGCUGGUAUGUCCGGCAGUGUGAUUGACAGGCUCAGGUCUCCAGGUACAGUGAGGAAACUCUCCCUGAAGAUGAAAAAACUUCCCGAGCUACGACGCAAACUCAGCCUUCGCUCGUCCUCCCGCGCUCAUCGUCAGGGAAACGACAGCAGAGGAGGCGGGGACGAGUCGACUGAUAAAAAUGUAACAUCAUCGUCCGUGCUGUCGAACCACAACGUGAUCAGCAGAUAUCACCUGGACAGCACCGCCCCUCCUGCCCGACCCCUGCGACGACUGUCCAGAGGACGUUCUGCCAGUAAAGGAGGUUAUCUUAGUGAUGGGGACUCCCCCGAGCUGCUGCCACGGCAACAAGGCCCUCAACCUACAACUGCCCAGGAAACAGCAUAUGACAUCAGUUCGUUCCAGUUGUACGUGGGCUCUGAUCCGCCACGAUGCAGCCAGCGGGUCACGGGUUUACUGACGGUCCACUUGCUGGGCCUGGAGGAGAUGAAGACCAACAGGUCGGAGGGCAGUAAGGAGGUCUUCCUGGCCAUCCAGAUCGACGGGGUGACGAGAGCAAGGACCGCUCUCCUGAACCUGCGAAGCUCCGCCCUCUCAUUAAACCACACCUUCCACCUGGAGCUGGAGAGAGCCCGGCAGCUACGCAUCGUGGUGCUAACACCAGCCAAUCCACAGGUAGGGGGAGGGUCCACACCUGGGACGGAUCAGUGUCAGACUUCAGGUGGUCCAACCAGGAACAGAGUCUGCUGUCUGGGCGGAGUCUCCAUCCCUCCACUCUUUAAAGGGAGUCGUAGUCGGCAGCUCUGUGUGAAGCUGGAGCCCAGAGGACUUCUUUACGUCAAACUGUCUCUACAGGAAAAAUGGGACACGCAGCCCAGCGGUGAUUCAUCAGCACCUGCUGAUGUGUUUGGGGUAGAACUGCACCAUCUGGUGGACAAAGAGGGCUCUGCAACUCCAGUCCCUCUCCUGAUCCAAAAAACCGUGGCAGAGAUAGAACAACGAGGACUGAAGGUGGUGGGUCUGUACAGACUGUGUGGUUCUGCAGCGGUGAAGAAGGAGCUCAGGGACUGGUUUGAGAGGAACAGUUCAGCUGUCUGUCUCAGCGAGGACCUCUACCCCGACAUCAACGUCAUCACAGGUAUACUGAAGGACUACCUGAGGGAGCUGCCAUCUCCACUCAUCACCAGGACUCUGUACCAGGUGGUCAGGGAGGCCAUGACCCUUCGACCCCCACUCAGCCCACCUGUGACCCCUGACCCUCAGCUGUCCCAGAGUACCGUGGAGCUGCUCUCCUGUCUGCCGCCUCCAGAGAGGGCAACACUCUCUCUCUUACUGGACCACCUCAGCCUGGUGGCGUCCUUCAGCUCGUCUAACAGGAUGACCCACCAGAACCUUGCUGUAUGCUUUGGCCCAGUGCUCCUCACCCCAACCCAGGAGGCCUGGAAGGGAGGAGGAGGGAGGGGAGGCAGAGGAGGGAAAGGGCUUGGCCAUGGUGAAGAGAUAGCAAGUGCAGUGGAUUUUAAACGACACAUCGAGGCGUUGCACUACCUGCUGCAGCAGUGGCCAGUGCCGACACAACGAGUCCCAGCAGGCGACCACAUCAACGCCUGCCCCCCUCCCUCCUCUGCCCUUACCCUCAACCCCCUGGGCCUUCAGCAGGAGCAGCAGCAGCGGCGUCCUGCCCUGCGAUUGGCUCUGCCUCAGAACCCCGAGGAGGAGGAGGUGGUGGUGUCACGUCGCGGUCGAGGUGGUCUGGCCCGGCUGGAGAGUCCUCCGCCUAUCAACAGGUACGCAGGGGACUGGAGCAUCUGUGGAACAGACCUUCUGUCCAGACAGGAGGCGGACUACGACGAGGUGGCAGGAAGCGAGAGUGAUGGAGGCAGUGGGGAUGAAGAGGAAGAGGAGAAGAAGAAGGUGUGGUCAUCUGGAGGAGGAGGAGGAGCAGGUCUGUAUGUGGACGACUUCAUGGAUUUUGAUGCUCCAUUUAACUGUCGACUCAGCCUGAAGGACUUUGACACCCUGAUCCACGACCUGGAUCGAGAGCUGGCCAAACAGAUCAACAUCUGUCUGUAGAGGAGCAGGAGGAGGGAGGAGGAGGGAGGGG